AUGAGCGGCGGCAGCAGCAGGCACGAGAACGGCCACGGCGGCGCCGCGGCUGCCGCGGCGGCGGCUGCGGCAGCGGCAGGUGGAGGUGGAGGUGGAGGUGGAGGCAGCGACGCGCACGAGGACGACCUGGUGAUGCCGGGGUUCCGGUUCCACCCCACGGAGGAGGAGCUCAUCGAGUUCUACCUCCGCCGGAAGGUGGAGGGCAAGCGCUUCUACGUCGAGCUCAUCACCUUCCUCGACCUCUACCGCUACGACCCAUGGGAGCUCCCUGCAAUGGCCGCGAUUGGGGAGAAGGAGUGGUUCUUCUACGUGCCGAGGGACCGCAAGUACCGGAACGGGGACAGGCCCAACCGGGUGACGGCGUCGGGCUACUGGAAGGCCACGGGCGCCGACCGCACCAUCAAGGCCGACAACAGCAGCCGCCCCAUCGGGCUCAAGAAGACGCUCGUCUUCUACUCCGGCAAGGCGCCCAAGGGCGUCCGCAGCAGCUGGAUCAUGAACGAGUACCGACUCCCGCCCGACCACACCGACCGCUACCACAAGACCGAAAUAUCCCUGUGCCGCGUGUACAAGCGCACCGGGAUCGACGACGGCCAUGGGCAUCACGUUCACGCCUCGGCGCGCUCGACGCCCUCCCGCGGCGGCGCCAUGGCGGCGCAGCAGCAAGAUAACAAGCAGGCGUCGUCGUCGUCGACGCCGACGCCGCCCACGACCCCGUCCAAGAUGAUGCACCUUCUCCACGGCGAGUGCACGUCGCCGCCCGCGGCCAUCUGCAGGAACAACAAUCACGCCGCGGCGGCACACAGCGAUAGCAAGGCGGCGGCAGCGCCACGGCAGCAGCUCCCCACGAAGCCGUACUGCAACCGCUACCAACAGAUGUCCACGGCGAGCUCUGCCGCCGGCGCGGCGGCCGGCGAUCAGCAGCAGGCUGGAAUGGGAACCGCGGCAGUGUCGUCGUCGUCGUCGUACGAGCAGUCGUCGUCCAGGAACGCGAACGACUACGCGUUCGCCGCGUCCACGUACUCGCUGCUCAGCCUGGUGAACGCGGCCUCCAUGGGCGGGUCCGGGUCCGCCGCGGCCAUCGACGAGCUCAGCACGCUGGUCGGGCACGUGCACGGCCCGCCGGCGUAUUUCAGCCACCAGGCCGGCGGCGGCGGUCACGGCCACAGCUUCCUCCCCGGCCUGCCGACGCCGUCGUCGCAGCAGCCGCCAAUGGCGCUCGGGACGCUACCCAUGUCCCUGGCCGCCAUAUCUGACAAGAUGAUCUGGGACUGGAACCCGAUCCCCGACGCGGCGGCUAGAGAUUAUGGCAGCGCCGGCGGAUUCAAGUGA